AUUUGCUUUUGAAAACUUCCUAGUAGUAAAAUCCGUUCCAAAUCACAAGAACCAAAUUUCAAACUCAAAACUGUGUUAAUUUCAUCACAAAGGACAAACUCAAACCAUGCUUGCGUUUUCCAUUUUGAUUGCCUUAAUUUUGUCUGAGUAUACAGCGUCAGCGGAUGGUUGGAACUAUGAUUUCCAAGGGAAAGAUUGGGGGGAGUCGUUUCCGAACUGCGAUGGAAUCCGACAGAGUCCGAUUGACAUCCAAUCAGAGGCGGUCUUGUCAGCUCACUAUUUGUCUCCCUUUUUCUUCUCCGAGGCAUUCUACCGUCCGGUGCAAAAAGCGACUCUGAGCAAUACUGGACAUGGCUUCAAGGUGUCAGUGGAUGGGAAUGGGCUGAAUAUGGGUGGGGGUGGACUAACCCACAGACGCUACGAGUUGCUUCAGUUCCAUGCACACUGGGGAGACCACACGAGGUUCCCGAUGGGAUCGGAACAUACGGUUGACAAGCGACAAUAUCCGGCCGAGUUUCACUUUGUAUUCAAGAGCAAAGAAACUUCUACUUUGGCCGUCUUGGGAUUCUUCGUUGAGUUGAGCGACAUUGCUGCCAAGGGAGGUUUGGGCAACCUGAUAGAUUUGCUGGCACAAACAAAAUUCGAUAAGGAUUCUUCUUCUGGAAGCGAGGAUGGCAAUCACGAUGAUGGAAACGAAGCAGUCGACAGCAGCGUUGACAUCUCCAAUCAUCUUAAAAUGAGUGACUUGAUUCCCAUUGGACGGAAUGGGGGAGAGUUGGAUGGGUUCUACAGGUACUCCGGAUCCCUCACCACUCCCCCCUGUAACGAGAUAGUGGAGUGGACUGUCUUCCACAAACCCAUCUUCAUCUCUUUGAAACAGUACGAAAAAAUAUCUGAGUGCUGUCUGGAUACAACCGGAGAAGUGACUCAGAACAACUUCAGACCGACACAACCUCUGAAUGGUCGGGAAGUGUUCACCUCUCUUGACUCAGAUGGAAUACCAGUCUGGCUCUAAAGAUUGAUAGAAGCGACACCAUGUUUAAUUACUAAUAAAAUUAAGAUUGUUAUUUGAGGAUGGUUCAAUAAGUUCAAUAAUUGGCAAGAAAUCUGGUGUGGGUAUAUCUUUAUUUGUGACGGUAUCAGUUUGCGGGG